AUGAAACCGGAACUGAAUCAAAAAACCACUGACACACGAACUUUCUGUAAGCAAAAAGCCUUUCAGACCCGUGCAAAGGGGGAUGCUAGGCAUAAACGAUCAAGGCAAAAAUCUGCAAGUGUCAAACAUGCACGAAAGUCAGUGUGUAGCGGAACAUACGCCCUCACACUUUUUGCUGAAUUAUUUUUGGAGAAAGCUGUUCAGUGGUUUGAAGUGGUUCAUGCCAUCAAUUGCAUUGACGUAUUACGAUCUUUUGCUGUCACUUCUAGCUUUUCUUGUGGAAAUAUGUCUCGGCCGGUCAUAGUAGCAUCAAAAGGAACAAGUGGUGACACCGGAGGAACUGUGCUCAAGAUGAAGGGACUAUGGCAUCCAUUUGCCCUUGGAGACAGCGGGUGUUUGCCUGUUCCAAACGACAUAAUCCUUGGUGAGAGUGAAGAUGGAUCUCAUCCUCGCACUUUGCUGCUUACUGGACCAAACAUGGGAGGAAAGUCAACUCUUCUGCGUUCCACCUGCCUGGCUGUUAUUAUGGCCCAGUUAGGCUGUUAUGUGCCAUGUGAAAGUUGUGUUCUCUCGGUUGUGGAUAUCAUCUUCACACGACUUGGAGCCAAAGAUAGAAUCAUGACAGGCGAGAGUAAGUAAACAAAAACAGAUGGGCUUUAUGGUUUUUUGACAUGCUUUGAAUCAAAGAAACUGCAAUACCUAAGCACUUUGAUAAC